UCUCUCACGCUUCAUAUCAUUUGAUUUAUUUUAUUCUUUAUUACCGAUUAACCCAAAUACAAUGGCUGUCGCUUGGUCUGAAAAAGCUUCUUCCAUGGAGGCUCUGUCUCUGUCUUUGUCUCCUCCUAUGUCUCCGCCCGUUAUCUUAACCCAAGACGAAUUGAAAAAGAUAGCCGCUUACAAAGCCGUCGAGUUCGUCGAAUCAGGCAUGGUUCUGGGUCUGGGCACAGGUUCCACAGCCAAGCACGCCGUGGACCGGAUCGGCGAGUUGCUUUGUCAAGGCAAGCUCAACAACAUCAUAGGAAUCCCCACCUCUAAAAAGACGCAAGAACAAGCCAUUUCUCUAGGCAUCCCACUCUCGGAUCUCGACAGCCACCCCACCAUCGAUUUAGCGAUCGACGGUGCCGAUGAAGUCGACCCACAUCUUAAUCUCGUCAAAGGCAGAGGUGGGUCUCUUUUAAGAGAGAAAAUGGUGGAAGGAGCUUGCAAGAAAUUCGUUUGCAUCGUCGAUGAAUCCAAGCUGGUUAAGUAUUUGGGAGGCAGCGGUUUGGCUCUGCCUAUUGAAGUGGUUCCUUUUUGCUGGAAUUUCACUGCAAAUAAACUCCAAAACUUGUUUCGAGAUUCGGGUUGCGUUGCCAAGCUGAGGAAUGAUUGUAAAGGGGAGCCUUUCUUGACGGAUAAUGGGAAUUAUAUAGUUGAUUUGUAUUUAAAGGAAGAUAUAGGGGAUUUGCAGGUUGCAAGCGAUUCUAUUUUGAGGAUUGCUGGUGUGGUUGAACAUGGCAUGUUCCUUGAUAUGGCGACUACUGUUAUUGUUGCAGGUGAGCUUGGAAUCACCAUCAAGAACAAGCAGUAGAAACUUAAAUUUUGUUUCUU